AUGAAGGCAACAAUUGCGGCUAUUGCUUUGGCUAUUCUGGCAGACGGGGCUGUCGCUCGUGAAAGGGUUGACACGGCGCCACAAGCACCAGCUCCAAGGACCAACGGCAGGUCGUUCACACUGAAUCAAGUUCAGAACAAGGACUUCCAAGGUCACGAUGGACCUAUGUCCUUCUUGCGCGCUCAUUUCAAGUAUGCCAAGAAACUGCCAGACUAUCUGUCCAAGUUGGUAGAAAUCGAUCCAAACUUUCGCAUCAAGUUUGGUCUGGGUUCCCAAGCAGAUGGGCAAAUAGGAACUGUUCUAGCAGACCCUACGCCGCUUGUAGACACACAAUAUGCCAUCGAAAUCGGCAUCGGUACACCGCCGCAGCAUAUUCGGUUGAACCUGGACACCGGGUCUUCUGACUUUUGGGUAUUUUCAACCGAUACAAACCCAAGCAUGGUGGACCGUCAAGUGCUUUAUGACGCCGACAAGUCAAUGACAAGCCAUUUCUUAGCCGGGGAAUCGUGGAAAAUCAAGUACGGCGAUAAUGCCUCGGCCAGUGGCUAUGUCUACACCGAUCGAGUGCAGAUUGGGGAAACAUUUGUCGAUACCCAGGCUGUUCAAGUUGCCGUGAAUCUGACAAAGGAUCUCUCAAGCGACAACUUUGUGUCUGGAAUCUUGGGAAUGGCCAAUAGCGCUGCCAAUACCGUCCGCCCUACGCCCCAGCGAACCUACAUCCACAACAUCAAAGACAACCUAGCUGAGCCGCUAUUCACAGCAAACUUGCAGCGUCAGGCUCCCGGCAGUUACAACUUUGGAUAUAUUGACGACUCUCAAUAUAAGGGGAGCAUUACGUACACGCCAGUCGAGCCUUCGUUUCCCCUCUGGAUGGUCUCCACCACGGGAUACAGAAUUGCCAAGACUUCUCACAAUGAACAAAUCAAAUCCAUUGUCGACACUGGCACUUCGCUGUUGCUGCUCCCUGAGACUGUUGUUUCCAGUUACUACGCAAAGGUUAAAGGGUCUAGCGUCCAUCCUCAGCUGGGCAUGAGGCUCGUCCCCUGCAAUGCCGACUUGCCCGACUUCUAUCUCACCAUCGGCUCAUAUCGGGGUCGAGUACCUGGCAGUUAUAUGAACUACGGGCGGAUCAGCGGCAACAGCUGCUUUGGAGGCAUGCAAUCAUCAGGUGAUUUGCCGUUUUCGGUCCUAGGAGAUGUUUUCCUCAAGGCUCAGUUUGUGGUGUUUGACUAUGGGAACGCACGUGUUGGUUUUGCAAACAAGCAGCUGUAUGAAUAA